AUGGAAGAAUAGUCAGAAAUAAAAUUUGUCGAAAGUAAAACCAAAGUUGGUGCUGAGGAGACAAAAGAUUUGAAAAUAAAUAGUGAGACAGUUAAUUUUUACGAUGAUAACUGCUAGGAAACUGGCUGGCUGACAAAUUAUUGGCCUUCUCCGAUUUAAGCUAAUGACAAAUAUUAUCCAACAAGUGAGCACUAUUUCUAAUCAGUGAAGUUCACAGACCCAGAAUACUCAGAGAAAAUUAGAUUGGCUAGUACACCUGAUGAAGCUAAAAUUUUUGGCUAAAAUCGAACUUAACCUAUUUAAGCUGAUUGGGGCAAUCGUCGUAUUGAAGUUAUGAAAGAUGCCUUGCGAUACAAGUUUCACCAAAACCUUGAACUACAAGAGAAGCUACUUAGCCUAUCGGGAAAAAAUAUAGUCGAACAUACUGAGGAUGAUAGUUUCUGGGGUGAUGGUGGCGACUCUACUGGCCAGAACAUGCUCGGUAAGUUACUUAUGGAGGUAAGAGAUGAAUUAAGUCAAUUAAAAAAGUUAUGA